UCUCCUCCAACUCAGACCAGCUGCUCAACUUUUGAACGCGGGUCAUCUACGGAAAAAUGCCAGUCGCCUACCUAAGCCGAACAGAGCAUUUCUCAGCUGCACAUAGGUUGAACACUCCCAAACUCUCUGAGGAGGAGAAUAAAACGUUAUAUGGGAAAUGCAAUCACCGACAUGGGCACGGCCAUAACUACAAGGUUGAAGUCAUUGUGAAGGGACAGAUUGACCCUGUGACCGGGAUGGUCUUGAAUAUAACCGAACUCAAGGAAUGCAUGAAAAGCGCUAUUAUCGAUUUGAUGGACCAUAAAAACUUGGAUGUCGAUGUACAAUAUUUCCAUGACAAACCAAGUACGGCGGAGAACAUAGCAGUGUUCAUAUGGGACAAUAUGCAGCGCAUACUACCUAAAGGAGAGUUGCAUGAAAUUCGGUUACAUGAAACCGACAACAACGUUGUUCUUUACCGUGGAGAAUGAAUUCGUGUAUUGAGAAGCAGUACAGUAAUAAGACUAUGUACAAAAUCCGAA